CUUGACAAGUUUUACAUGUUUAAAUAAUCUACGUGGAUCGUUCUUUUGUUUUAACAUGGAACAUCUGUACCUUAUGAUCAUGGCCUGCUUGGUUCCAACAGCUUAUCUGUCGUGGGGGCUCCCGAUUCAUGAGGUUACAGAGGGAAAUGAAGCAGUUUUAAAAUGUGGAGAGGCUGACCUUGGCAACCCAUGCAAGACCACUGAAAAGGGUCUUGAAUGGAGCGCAAGUAACUCCCUCGUUGCAUCCUGCAAACACACGUUUUCCAAGUACCAGGUUCGUGUGGACACCCAGACCGGAGCCCUCGUGAUACCUAACGUGUCUCUAGCGUUGAAUGGUACUACGUUUACUUGCACAUUGCUUGGACGUGAGCAGCCUGGAUUUAAUGUUACACUGCUUGUGCAAACGAAAAACACGGGAGAGACUCAGUCAAUAUCAGUCGCCGCUGUCUUGGCGGGCACUGCUUCAUUCGUGCUUGGUCUAGUCAUCUUCGGCAUAGGCUUGUGGAAGUAUCGACGAUAUAGAACUUCCUCUGCUGCAAACCAAGCCAUGGUGCUCAACAGACAGAAUGAUGCCAACAGUACCACAACAUCUUUAAGCCCCAUCUUGAACACAACUGUGGGAUCAUCAGGAAACCCAUAUGAAGAGAGUGACUCUAUCCAACUUGCAAGAAGCCAUGCCCCUCCUGCAUCACCGCCCUCUAUCGGCAGUAGGGCACUUUGGACUUCUCGCAAUUCCGGGUACCGACAUAUGUCUUCUACCAUUGGCCAGCCACCCAACGUAACUGAGGAAUCCCCAGUCUAUGCCGAACUCCACAACACCACGGCACACCCGGCAAAAGCCCCACCCAUCCGCAACCAGCCUCCCGCACAGCUCGUAGGCAGGGAUCAAUACCAGUUGCCAUCUUCAGCCGAAGGGAUGGUGAUAUUUCCAGACGACUCUGACAGCAACAAUGUCCCAAAGGAAGGGUUUGGUGGGGAAGACGCUCCGCCCCGACCACGCCGGGGUACACCCAUCCCUCAUCCAAAGCGAGAGUGGCAACGACACACAAACCAACCUUCCAAUGCUUGAAUCAAUGAACCUAGGUAGUAUGUUCUUAGACCACAUCGCCGAAACUGCAAGUAAAGUUGGCAUUUAGCUUGAAAACAACAAUUCCAACACUGAAAGUUAUGAAAACAAUUUUAACAGGCGUUGGCUGUGUGCACCAAUUAAACAAAUAUUCUGAAAAAUAUAUAUAAUAUGUAUGCUGUUUCUUACACUGAAAAUAAAAAUCAACCAAAAUAAAUAAUAAUAAAAAGCAUUGUUUGGGGUAUCAGACUAGCAUCUCUAAAUAACCUGACGAGGGUAUUGACCUUAUAUGACAAACCAAAAAGCAACAUAAAAAUUACAUAGCUCACUGGGCGGUUGCAAGCAAAAAGAAAAUUAUGAAAAAUCGAUUGCAGUUACACCAUGGAUCAAUAUCUUUCUUGAAUAC